AUUGGGGUCCUUUUUUCUUGCUAUAGGCUAGCUGUCGAAACGGCAACGGAGAGUCACUUUGUUUAACACAACUGUGAUAAAUCCCCCCCUGUAAACAACACCAGUGUAUGUCGAUUAGAGUGUUUUGGGUGAUGUUGAACAAACCAAAGUCUCAUUUGGUUCCGUUACCUUCGCCCUAACCGGACAGGUAGUUUUGUUUUUUAACGUCGGAGGGUGUGUGGUGUGUGUUUUUUUCUCUCUCUCGGUCGCCGUCACAGCAGCGUUGUCGAUAUCGUUAACGUUAGCUCACAGUUAACCCCAAACCCACGCAACUAAUUCCGAUAGUUAGCUGACAGAUAAGGACGGAGGCGUUGAUGAGCAGCAAUGUCUGGCAUCGCUCUUAGCAGACUGUCCCAGGAGCGCAAAGCUUGGAGAAAAGACCACCCAUUCGGUUUUGUCGCCGUUCCCACCAAGAACCCCGAUGGCACCAUGAAUCUGAUGAACUGGGAGUGCGCCAUCCCAGGAAAGAAAGGAACCUUAUGGGAGGGAGGACUCUACAAACUCAGAAUGCUGUUCAAAGACGAUUACCCUUCCUCACCACCCAAAUGCAAGUUUGAGCCACCGAUAUUCCAUCCGAACGUCUAUCCAUCCGGCACCGUGUGUCUGUCCAUCCUGGAGGAGGAUAAAGACUGGAGGCCCGCCAUCACCAUCAAGCAGAUCCUUUUGGGAAUCCAGGAGCUGCUGAAUGAGCCCAACAUCCAAGAUCCGGCACAAGCAGAAGCUUACACAAUUUACUGUCAGAACAGGAUGGACUAUGAAAAGCGCGUACGGGCACAGGCCAAGAAGUUUGCCCCGACAUAGAGAGAAGAGCGGGCCUUCACACCCCCCCCCACCCCACCCCACCCAGCCCCCCCACCCCCCGCCUGGGCAGCCUGAACUGAUGAUAGAGGUGACAAUAAGGAGGCAGUGCACUCGAAGGACCACUCCAAUAAGAAUCAAGUUUAGGUAUUAUUAUUAUAAUUAUACAGUCAGGCGAAAAAGUGAGCCUGUUUUUUUUUACUUCUCUUUCUUUUUGUUUCCAACAAAGAAACGUUCAUGAUUUAACAUGUCUUCAAUGAACACUUUGAUGAUCAACAUGAUGGUUAACAUGACCAUUGCUUUAAGUAAUCUUGUGUAAUCCAGUAUUUUCAUCAUGGGCCAUGUCUAUAUUACUACUUUAAGUUAUGAUAAUGUAGAAACAGAGCUGUAGGGAUAAGAUGUCAUGUCCAGAAUGCUUUCUCUUUCAAGUUCAGUACGUUUUAGCAGAAGUAGAGAUUUCACUUUUUAAUUCACUUAGUUUUCAUAAAUCCAUGAAAUCCCCAUGAGUAUUAUAAACAGUGUUUCAUGUCUGUGGAGGACAAAGCAGUAAGACAAUAAAUGGAAGUACAUCCUUGCAUUGUUGUUCCCCUUGAUACCUUUGUUUGAUAUCUGAGUUUACAGAAAAGCAUCAAAAGAGUACAGAGAAGAAAGCAGAGCCGGGUAGAAAGACCACACUGGCUCUUAUCUGCAUUAUCACAGAUAGAGGUAGGAAGCUCCGCCCCCUCAGAGUAGGGAGGGGUCGCAGGUUAGUGUGAAGAUUUUUCUCCGUGAAUUCAAACUAUAUGUCAGUUAAAGAGAUGAGGGGAAUGCAGAUUUAACACCAGCAUCAUCAUCAUCAUCUGCUUCACGUCGUAUAGAGUGAAGGAGAAGUGUAGAGGAAAAAAUGUUGCUGUGUUUUCUAUCGGCUCUGAAUAGGUUAUGAAUAUAUCGUUAAAAGAAAACAAAACAUCCGUUUCAAUCAUUUCUCCCACAUUACUUUAAAAUAAUUAAACGCAGACCUGAAAAAAAUGAAAUGUCUGUUGCAAUCGGGCGAGCAGAAGCUGAAGGAUCUUUAUUGGAAUGGCCUCUCAACCAGCAGAUGGAGGCAGACGAAAAAGUGCACUUGACAAGUAAAGCAAAAGGCCUGAAAUUGUUUUGCCUCUGAAGAAAUGAGUGCAUGUACAUAAUAUAAAUAAAGACAAAUUGUGGAAGUUAUGUUUUAUAUUGUUUUAGCCAGUUGACAUUUGUGUGUGGUAUUAUAACAAAAAAAAAACAUUAAAUGGCAUUCAAUUGUGAAAUAAAGUUGAAUAAAAGGUGAGAAAAAAA